AUGCACACAUCUCAAAGUUAUAAUGCAGAUGAAUCUCAUCGGCAAGAUCUAUUUGAGAGUGAUGAAGAAGAUGAAGAAGAAGUUGAGGGAGAAUUUGAUCUAGAAGGUGAAUUCCUAAAUGCCCUUGAUGAACUGAAAAAUGUUAGAAAUGAAUUUAAAAAUUAUAAGAAAAUAGUUCAUGAAGAAUGUAGCCAGUUGAGAAAUUGCCUUGAAGAAUCCAACGAAAAGGAAGAAGUGAAGAUAAAAGAAAAAGAAUUUCACAAGCUAAAAGAAGAUAUGGAGAAUCUAAGGAAAGAAUACAAGAUGUUCAAGAAUGCUUCUAUUGUGGAACAAAACUGGUUGGUCAAUAGUAUUCAAGAAUUAGAGCAAGCUAUUUCUAAUUUGAAAGCACAAGUUAAUGAUGCUAGAAAGAUGAAUGAAGAACCAAAAUUAGAUGUUGAUGAUAACAGGUUUAGGUGCAAGGAGUUAAAACAAGAAGUGGAGACUAAAAGUAAAAUGGAGAAACUCACAUUAGAGAUUGAAAAGUGCCAGGAAGAGCUCAAAUUGAGAAACAAAUAUAAUGGUGGCACUGAAGCAUUGGGUAAGAUGUUAAGCCAAUAG